ACUGUUGUUGGCGGCGGUUGUGUCGCGUGUCUCUCUGCCGAGAGCUUUGUGUGUGUGUCUCGCGCGCGUUUUACGCUCUGCGCCCCCUACGCUCCCCCUUUUCCAAGUGGAUAAACCCCCGAAUGUGAAUUUUGUAUAAUGUUUUUGUAAUAACAUGGAUAUCUCAUGUUGAGAUUUUCAACCAAGCGAAUGAAAAUGCAAGCGGUAUCCCGAAAAUCGCCGUUUACGUGUGUGCGAGUGCAGCAUUAGCAAAAGGAAAAGAGAUAAAAGUGAAAACAAAUAAAUAGUAGGAAAGGCGUGCUAAAGCACGAGAGCAAAAGAGGAGACUGCCAGGCAGACGCAUAGACGUAGUGCAACGAACCCUUCUUCGCGGACCAAGGAUUCACCACUAACCACUAACCGGAGAACAAAUACCCAUAAUAUCAACCCCCCCACCUCUACUGCUCCUGGGUGUGUUUCUCUAUGUCCCGUUGACUCAUCGUUCCCAGGAAGCUGAACAACGGUAUAGCGGCCAGAAUACAGAAGCCCAGAACAAAAAAGAGCAGCAGGAAUAUCGAUUUUACUUGCCUUUUACUACUUAUACACCACCCCCCCACCACCCAGUGAACUGCACUUGGGUGUAAAAAUAAAACACCAGAAGCCAUUAAAGGAGACGUGUAAAUUAAAGCGAACCGACGAGAAGAGGAUAACGGAUAGGAAAACCCAAGUAGCGCAUCCGUGGAAAUCUCAGCAACAUUUCUCAAGGAACAAAAGCCAAUCUCAAAUGAAUUUCACAAGUCGCGCCAACUGCAAAUGCCCGCAUAGCCAAAAGCACCAGCAGAAGCCCGCUCUGAUCAAGAGUCACACCUGCGCCUAUCAGCUGCAGGAUCUGACAGGAUAUAAUCGCGCCCUGAUGCCUCCGCUGGAUAACACGGACUUUAGCAAUGCCUGGCGGCAGGUGAACAACAACACCACCAGCCAAUCCUGCGCCUACCACCAGCAGCGGCAGCAGCAGGAUGCAAAGGAUUCCAAGAGGCACUAUCACCAUCACACCUGUCCAAGACAGCGAAAAAAGUCCAUGACCCCGGUGGAGACAACUCACUUGUGUCAAAAGCACCAGGAAGCCAAGCAGCGGCGAUCCAGAUCCGCAUCUGCCAAGCCGCGUAGGAACAGCUCGUAUCACUCUUAUGAUGACCUGGAUGUCUCAUCCGCGGUUCUCAAUGCGGAGCGAAAGGUGGUGGCCAGUUUGAAGUAUCUAUGCGCCUGCACGGGAGCCACUUUGAGGAAUCUCUCCAAGAAAACUAAGGAUCUGCAUGCCAAAAACUAUACCUACACAAAGCCCACGUGGCGCCUUUGGGGCGAAGAGCACGAGAAGAAUGCAAUUUUCACCGUUUACCUGAAGAAAGUGCGAUACCACCGACCGACGCCCACAGCCAGCAAUGACUCAGAUGAUGAGAUUUCCCAUCUGGAGUGGGAGACUGUACGAGUACGUUUCGUAAAGGCGGCUACAUUGGCUCGAUUGGUGGAGGCGUUAGCCACCGACGACGGGGAGCUGGAGUCCACCUUCAUCAACGUGUUCCUAUCCACCUAUCGCACCUUCUCCACGCCCAAGCAGGUGCUCAGUCUGCUGACGCAGCGGUACGAUGCUUUGCAUGAGAAGCACCUGGAGGAGUUGGAGCAGGCUCAGCAAAAUGGACAGGUCAUGGAUCCCGCCUACGAUCCCCACGCCUCCAUUCACGAACAGCACAAGAAAACCCUAGUCUCAGCGCUGCACGUCUGGCUGGAUGGAUUCCCGGAGGAUUGGCACGAGGAUAACCUGCAACAGAUCUUGGCAUUUGCCACCAAGCGGCUGAAACGAUCCGAUCUGCACAUCAAGGUGUUGAAUCGUCUGGAGCGGCUCAUCAAACAGUCUCUCUAUGGAAAUGGAGGAGGAAGCGGUGGCUCGGAGAACAAUGGUCAUUCCUGGCUAUCCGCAGCGCGCUCACAACAAAUGCAGCAGUUCAUGAUUCCCACUCACUAUGGCUCUUCGUACGACCUCACGGAUCAGUUCAAUGGGAUGUACCUCUCGCCAAUGGGCCACGGUCCCAUCUACCGUGGACCUACCCACUUUCUGCAGGCAUUCCGUUUUCCGCACGUGCCCGUCCGGCAUUUUGCUGAGCAGUUGACCCGUAUGGAUACGGAACUCUUUAAGCGACUGAUUCCCCACCAGUGCCUCGGACACACGUGGGCACGACGUGAUAGUGGAGGAUCCGAGACUGUGGUGGCCACCAUCAACCAGUUUAAUGCGGUGCUCUUCCGGGUGGUGUCCAGUAUCCUGAUCGAUCGCCUGAAACCUCAGGAGCGCGCUCUGAACAUUUCACGAUGGAUCGAUAUUGCCCAGGAGUUGCGCAUGCUCAAGAACUUUAGUUCGCUCAAGGCCAUCAUUUCGGCUCUAAACUCCAAUUCCAUAUACCGCCUCUCCAAGAUAUGGGAAGUGCUGCCUAAAGAAAGGAUGGAAGUCUUUACGGAGCUGGCGAAUAUUUGCUCGGAGGAUAACAAUGCUUGGACUCUGCGAGAAGUGUUGAAACGAGAAGGAACGGCCAAAAAUCCAGAUCCAGGCAGUGAUCAGAGCGAUAGGCAUCUGCAGAAGCUUAUUCUGAAUUUGGGAACACAAACAUCGCAUGGAACGAUACCCUAUCUGGGUACAUUCCUUACCGACCUGACCAUGAUCCAUACGGCCAAUCCGGACUACCUCACCGAGAAUAAGCUCAUAAACUUCGAUAAGAAGCGCAAGGAGUUCGAGGUUCUGGCCCAGAUCAAGUUACUUCAGGGAGCAGCUAACACAUAUAAUCUCCAGGCUGAUGCCCUCUUUGAUCAUUGGUUCAACUCCAUGCCAGUGUUUGAUGAGCGAGAGGCCUUUGAGCUGAGUUGUCGACUGGAACCACCACCGCCGGCGCCACGGAAAUCGGUGGUCAGCACUAACACCUCUUUAACAAACACGACCGCCUCAUCGACGGCUUCUAUUAUGGGCCACCGCAAGACUGACUCCAUACACUCGAAUUCGAGCAGCGGAGCGGGAUCGCAGUUCUACUGCGAACUAAACAGUAGUACCAGCUCCAGGCAUAACUCCUUAGAUCGGGAUGUCCACCAUCAGCACGCUUCCUUGAUGUCCGCCUCGAGUAGUGUGUCCAAUCUGUCGUUGGAUUCCAGUAACUCUGGCGGUCGGCAGUCCGGCAAGCUGACCCACUCUCAGUCCAUGGGAAAUGGUCUGAAAUCUCACGGAAAUGGCACUACGAAUGGUGGAUCGCCCCAUAUCAAUGCUCAGUUGGUGCAACCAUCAAGUGGAACCCCUCAGUCUGCUCCCGAUUUCUAUAUCAUUCGGGUGACCUACGAAACGGACAACAUCGAGCUUGACGGGAUUGUGCUGUACAAGAGUAUUAUGCUGGGAAAUAACGAGCGCACGCCGCAGGUUAUCCGAAAUGCGAUGCUUAAAUUGGGUCUGGAGGAUGAUCCGGAUAGGUUUACUUUGGCGCAGGUCCUACCCGACAAGGAACUGGUGAUGCCGAAGAAUGCGAAUGUCUACUAUGCGGUUAACACGAACUACAACCUCAACUUCAUCCUAAGGCCGCGAAAGGAAGAGGGUGUGGCAGGAAGCUAGUCCACAGCCGUGCCUCUAUCCCAAUUGUGGUGUCUGGGAUACGAGGGCGAGGAGUGAGGGUUAAUGAUAAUACAUUGGGGGGAAAUUGUAAAUAGCCAGAGCUUGACUCGCCCAUGACAAAACUGGAUAAACCAAUUUCUAUUUAGGUUCGUAAUUCGUUUAAGUUAUUUAUUGAAAAGUGCAAGGAUAGUAGAAGAAAAGAAAUCGAUUAGUGCGAUUACCGAUUAUUUCGAUUGAUGUCUAUUAUUUCAAAAGCUGUCAAUUAUUACUUAGCCAACUUUGUAAUCUCUCAUUUUUCGCAGGCCUUGAGUUGUAUAUGAUUAAAAGCCCAAUCCAAAACAUAUAUUAUACAGAGACUCUACUGGAAUAUUUGCUGAUAUUUACAAACACACAUAUACAUUAAGUAUAUUUACUUAUAUACAACCAUUGAUAUUCUAAAUGUGGUACAAUAAUUUUGAAUCUUGAAACGGAUAUUGAUUUGGUUUAAGGAUUCUCAUUGUCUGUACUUAACUUUGAGGUCUUUAAAACACAAACAACAAAGAAUAUUUGUAUAGAUGUUUUUACCCACGUACGUGUAUUAUAAAUACCAAUUUAAAUAUAAGUUCUAUAUGUAACAUUUUUCGAGUGGAGUGCACAACAACAAAUAAUGUUUUAUCGAUAACUUUAGCCGUAUAAGAUGCCCUAUUUCAGAUUGUCUAAGUUAUCUACAUUGAAAAUUAAUGAGAGAAUGAAACAAUUAUACACUUACGGUAUACAAUAGGAAUCUGCUUUGAUUUAUACAUAUUAAAUAUGAUUAAUAUUUAACUACAAAUUUAAGUUAAUGAAAGCGAAGAAGGAAAACAAACGAAUAUUGUAAAUAUAAAAGUGAAAAUCGAUAAUUUGUGUUCUUCUGAAAAAUAAAUUGUACCAAAAGAAUGAA